AUGCAGCCUGCUGCUGAGGGCGGAUCAUCCGACCGUGUCACAGUCGACCUGGAUCCAGAUGUGCGGUCGGGACCGGGCAAAGUCCGACGCGACAGUGAGCCUGUAUCUGAAGACGAGCGGUCUGGCCGUGCGGACGUGGUUCUGAGUCGCAUCAUAACUGCCCUCGAGCGAUUAGAAGUCGAGGAGAACGCGCCUCGGAGCUUGAAGCGCAAACGCUAUGCUGCUGCAAUGUUGCUCCUGAGCGUACCUGUGCUGAGCAGCAUCGUAGCUUUCGGGGUGCAGCUGUCUGUGGCGUUUGGCCGCAGCUUCUCCAAGCUGGGAAGCCUUUUCGUUGCCAGCAGCUUGCUCGUGACAUUCCUGACCACACAUUUGGUUCUUCGCUAUGGCAGUGCUGAGUUCAAGAAGUUAGCGUCGCGGCGGUACCUCAUAUGCAUCGUGAACGGCAUGGUCGUAGCGUCAAAGCAUACGCUUCAGGCCAUGGCUGUUUCCAGGAUGAACUCCUCCAUCUUUUUCAUCGUCAUGCGCUUUGCGCUGCUUUGGAUGGCCAUGUUUGACGCGCUGUAUUCCCUCAAGCUGCCUGGACUCAAGGCCAUUGGCAUCCUCGCCGUGAUAUUGUUUUCUGUCAGCAUCACGUCUGACUCAUUAACCUCAGACGAAGAAGGCAUGGAGGUCACCAUGGAAGGAGUCUUCUUGGCAUUGGGCUGUGCUUUGGCAGACGCAGGCUCUGACAUUGCCUCUGAUGUGAUUGGGUCAAGCUUCACCACUGGGCUGCAGGGAACGGCUCGCAACUGUGAGCUAAACCGGUAUCUGGUGAUGCAACAAGCUUGCAGCAUACCUUGCUACAUUCUGGCUGCUGCAGCCAUCGGAGAGCUCCCGAUCCUUUUCCGGGGCUAUGACAGCACUGUAUUCUUUCUGGCGUCACUGCCGCUGGUUCUAAAGAUUCCCGUCUUUCAGUUCGCAAUCUUCACAGCUGGUGCUGUGAAAACGAACAUGGCCGUGUCUUUUGAGAUGGGAGUGUCUUACGUCUUCGAGGUCUUUUUCGGCUUGGCAAAGUUCAACCUGAGCAAGUUUUUCGCAAUGAUGGCCUUUGCCUGCGUCCUCCUGAUGGACUCGCUCCAUGCUUCACAGUUGGAAAACGCGGCAGCCGAGCAGCACAGGACAACCUUGCAAAAGGUCCGACGAGAAAUUGAGAGAACUUGUGCCUCAACCUCAGUGGUCCGCGACGGUGGCGAUGGGAAUGCGAAGUGA